AUGGUCCUUUCACCUGAAUAUGAGAAAGCGGCCACUACAUUAAAAAGCGAUGGUAUCAAACUUGCUAAAGUUGAUUGUACAGUAGAAAAUGACCUUUGUUCUGAAAAAGGCGUCAAAGGCUAUCCAACUUUAAAACUUUUCAAGGAUGGAGAUGAAACAGAGUAUAGUGGUGGUAGAACUUCUGAUUCUAUUAUUAGUUUUAUGAAAAAACAAACAUUGCCAGCAAUUACUGAUGUCAAUGUGGAUAAUUUUGAAACUUUCAAAGAUUCAGAUAAUGUUGUUAUUAUUGGAUUCUUUGAUAAUGAUAGCCAAGAUGAAUUCAACAGUUUUGCAACCCUUGCUGACCGAUUACACAAUGAUUACAGAUUUGGAGAAACUGCACAGCCUGAGGUUCUUGCAAAAGCUAAUGUCACAGCACCAAGUGUAGUUUUAUACAAGAAAUUUGAUGAUCCACAAGUUGUUCUCAAAGGACCAUAUACAAAAGCAGAAUUGGAAUUUUUCGUCAAAACCAAUUCGAUGCCUUUACUUGCAGAGAUCGGACCUGAAAAUUAUGCAACAUAUGCCGAAUCUGGAAUACCACUUGCCUACCUAUUCUAUGAAACUCCAGAGCAACGUAGCGAAAUGGGUAAAGAAGUUGAACCUGUGGCCAAAGAAUUCAAAGGAAAGGUCAAUUUUGUAUUCAUAAAUGCCGGGAAAUACGGUCAACAUGCGGAAAAUCUUAAUUUGGAAGCAAAAUGGCCAGCUUUUGGAAUCCAGAAACCGGAUGAAGGACCUAAAUUUCCAUUCGAUCAAAGUAAACCAAUCACCUUUGAAAACAUUAGGGAGUUUGUUGAUAAAUUUGUCAAGGGUGAAAUUAAACCUAGCAUUAAAUCUCAACCGAUCCCGGAAAAUAAUACCGAGCCUGUAUAUGUGUUAGUUGCUGACUCAUUUGAAGAAGUUGCUCUUGACAAAAGUAAAGAUGUUCUUGUCGAAUUUUAUGCUCCAUGGUGUGGACAUUGUAAGAAACUUGCACCAAUUUAUGAUGAAUUGGGAGAAAAAUAUGCACAAUUCAAAGAUAAAAUUGUAAUUGCAAAAAUGGAUUCAACAGCAAAUGACCUUCCAUCCAGUGCUACAUUCAAGGUUAGCGGAUUUCCAACAAUCAAACUUUUUAAAGCUGAGAACAAUGAAGUUAUCGACUAUUCUGGAGAUCGAUCACUCGAAAACUUUGUUGAAUUUUUGAGUAAAGAAGCAUUUUAUAAAGUUGACGUCAAUAAA